CGCCACCAACGAGCUCACUCUUUUGCUCCACCACCAGCAACUCGAAGCCACCAGCGCAAGCACAGCAGCAGCAGUACCAUGCAGCACGACGAAGUCAUUUGGGGUGUGAUCAACAACCAGUUCUGUUCGUUUAAGAGCAAGCUGCGCGAAGGCUCUGCGUUUUGCCGCAACGAAUACAACGUCACGGGUCUUUGCAACCGACAAUCGUGUCCUUUGGCUAACAGUCGGUAUGCCACCAUCCGCGAACACAACGGCGUAUGCUUCUUAUACAUGAAGACCAUCGAACGCGCACAUUCGCCUAAAAACCUGUGGGAAAAGAUCAAAUUGUCCAAGAAUUACACGAAAUCGCUGGCCCAACUGGACGAACAUUUGCAAUAUUGGCCCAAGAAGCUGCUCCAUCGCAACAAACAGCGCUUGACCAAGAUCCAUCAGUACCUCAUGCGCAUGCGGAAACUUCGCAUGAAGACCAAGCCCAACUUGGUGGUCAUUUCCAAGAAGAUCGAGCGCCGCGAGUCGCGUCGGGAAGAAAAGGCCAAGGUCGCCGCCAAGCUCGAAACGUCCAUCGAAAAGGAAUUACUCGAACGGUUGCAAAAGGGCACGUACGGCGACAUUUACAACUUUCCUGAGCGCGAAUUCACCAAGCUGUUGGACGAACACGAGGAAAUCGAGAGCGAGCAAAGCGAAGACGAAGAGGUCGAAGAAGAGGUCGAAUACGUCGAGGACUUUGAAGAUGAGAGCGACAUGGAGGACUACGAGCAACAAGGGUCGGAUAGUGACAAUGACGACGAUGACGAAAGCAGCAGUGAUGAAGACCAACCCAAGCGCAAAAAACCCAAACGACAGCCGACCCAAAAGGGUCCGUACGUCGAGAUCGAGUACGAACACGAACAGGAAUCCGCCACGUCAUAAGCUUAAUAAGAAUGUAUGUACAUCAACC